GUGUUGACUGCCAUUUCUUCUCAGACCCUACAGAAAACAGACUGGCUUUGUUGUAUCAUUUCUUCCUCUUCAUUUUUGGCCCUCCUUUUGCAAAUGUGGGAUUGAGCUGCUCUGUUUCCUUGUUUACAUAUUUAGAUUGAGAAAAAGGAAGUGGUGAAGCUGACUAACUAGCUAGCAGGGUUUCUGAGAAGAGGAGAGACCGUUUAGCUCACACCGGAAGUUGUUGCUGUCUUCAGUUGAUUCGUUGCACAGUUCUAAGGAAAGCUAAAUUAAGUAGACUUGCUAUAUUUUACCUGCCUGAGUUUCUGCUGAGUGGAAAUUCUGUCCCAGCAUCAGUGUCUAGCUUGGCAUGAACAGAUUUGUAACUAGCUAGGGAAGAGCCAUGAUGGAUUCACGAAACACUCCAUACCGCUCAGAGGUGGUCCGCUGGUCCCCAGAUGACUUGGCAGACUACUUCAGGAGGUUAAACUUCAAGGACUGUGAAAAGAUUGUCAAGAAACACAACAUAAAUGGACAAAGAUUUCUGAAUUUGUCUGAAAAUGAUAUUCAGAAGUUUCCAAAGCUAAGAAUGCCAAUUUUAAGCAAGCUAAGCCAGGAGAUUAACCGACAUGAAGAAAGAAAAAGUUUCUUUCCAAAACGGGUGCCCACACAAAAGCCUCCUGACUUUAGAGUAGUUAAUCAAGACGAGGAUGGUGGCUGGUCUUCCUUUGAGGAAAGUGAUGACUAUGAAAGCCCAGAUGACGAUCCUGAAGGUGGCGUAGACUACGAAACACCCAAUGACAAUGGCAUUGAUGAUGAAAACGAUGCUGAUUACGAACCUCCUCCCUCAAAUGAUGAUGAUGCACUCCGUAAUGUUAUAUUUCCUUCCAAAUCCAUGCCAGCCACUUCAGAAUACAUAGACAGACCUGCAACAGAAAGAUCUAAAGCAGCAUUGCAACCUCCAGUUCCACCCCAAAGGCCUGGAUCCUCCCCUACACCGCUAACACCUAGGGGGGGCAGAGACACUGGGGUAAGUAUCUUGACUCCUUCUGUAGAUCGAAGCAAAAAACCACCACUGGAUCGGUCUGCACCACCAUUUGACCGGGAUCUCCUCGGAGCAGGCAAAAGAUCAUAUCCUGAAAUGUCUUUGGCCCCACAGCUCAGGUCUCUCGGAGCAGAAUUAGCAAAGAUACAGAAACCUCCUGUGCCAUCCACAGAGAGAUGUGAAAGGAACAACCCUCCCUCUAGAAAGAAACAACCACCUAUGAAGAACAGCCAGAUAUCUGAAAGAAAAGCCGAAAUGGACGAUGAUGGUGCUCCCCAAAGGCCAGUUCCACAACCCUCCUUCAACACAUUUCCUUUUAGAUCUAAGCCACCAUCUAAACAGAGCCCCUUGCCACCCAGGAUUACACCUGAUGCAUAUCCAGAAAGUGCUGCUGCAUCAAGUGUAUCACUACCACCUCACUUUCAGUCAAGCAGCAUCUCCAGAACCUUUUCCAAAGGCCCAGCAGAUGGAAGACCACCAUUACCGGUACCGAACAGACAGACUGUACAGUAUCCCAAAGCUGAGAAGGAUGAGAUGGAACAUUGCCAAAUGGCAAUCCCUCCAAGUGAACCAAAAUUCAGAUUCGGGAGUGGGGCUGGCUCCCACAGAGAGGCUAUCCAGGGCCCUGCAAAUCAGAAAUGGUAUGUUGCUGAUAUCACCCGGCCAGAAGCAGAAGUUGCCCUUAGGAAUAUGAACAAGGAUGGUACUUACUUAGUAAGAGACAGUUCAAGAAAAACCCUUGAGCAACCUUAUGUCCUGAUGGUACUUUACAAUAACAAAGUAUACAACAUUCAAAUACGUUACAAACAAGAACACAGUGUAUACUUCUUGGGAACUGGAAUGAAUGCAAAUGAGGAAUUCACUUCUGUGGCUGAAAUCAUUGAUCACUUCCAAAGAACACCUCUUCUACUGAUAGAUGGAAAGGAUCGAGGUUCAAGGAAGCAGUGCAUGCUAACAUAUGCUGCUAAAUGUCUUUAGAAGAAAGUUUCAUGAAGAAGUUCAGGCUCUGUCUUAUUUAUCUACGGAAAAUCAAGCUAGAAUAACAACUGAUUUAUAUUUGGUGAACUGUGAUAAAUUCUGGUUUCUUUUUUUUAUAUCAGGGUGUACAGUCCAUUCUUUGCCUUCAAAUAUCAAAUGUUGCCUACUGUUAUUUUUUUUUAUUAAGCAUCGAUUUCAUGUGAAAUCCAUUGUCUGAAAUAUACAUUAUACAAACUGAAAGGAACUUUCGAAUGUCAUCUUACUGCUAUUGAACAUUUUAUUUCAAGUGCAAAUGUUUCCUUCUAGAGAAGCACACUGUAUAGAAUUCCAUUAUCAAGCUUAUACUUUCGGAACGUAUACUUUCAAAAGAGAAGAGCUUAAUCUAUCAGUGUGUUAUUGUUGUCAAAUACAGUAUGGAUGCUAAUGUCCAAUCCUUGUGGAAAUAUCAUAUAAUCAAUAAAGAAUAAGUUUUUCUAUUAUUA